GAGUAAGCGUUGCUGUUUCUUCUGAUCUGAAACUCAGUCGCCCAAAUUCUCAAACAAAGCAAAUCGAUGGCGCCUCCACCUGGUCCCUACUCCGGCUCCAGCACUCUCGCUCUUGUGGCUCGUGUAUCUGCUUUCUCUUUUGGACUUGUUUAUGGUAGCUUUAAGCUCAAGUACCUCAAGGGUAAGGCAAAGUCUCAAAGGAAAGCUGAAGCAAAGGCUCACCACCGAAGCAGGGGGUUUUUGCUCAAAGUUGGUUUGCGUUUAGUGUAGGAAUAAAGCAUUUCGAUGGUAUUGUACCAGUUUUUCAUUUCGGCUUAUGAAACUUUUAUGGACCAU